AGAUUAUUAUAAUCAAAUAAAGAAAUAGGAUACUCUAUUUUUUAAUUUUGUUACUAAUUGAACUAUAAUUUAAAUGUAAUUUCGGAAAUAUUAAUUUUACGUGUAAGAUAGAUUAAUUAAGGUUAACACAUAAUUACGUAACUGGGGGUACGCAAAUGUCGCGAGAAAUCGAGAACCUUCGAGGGCCUCUCCAGUUCCGUAGGCGUGGCAUCUUCGAGCCAAAUGACCAAAAUAUCCCUCUCCCGGUAUGACGAUCAAUUUCCCGGUCAGCCGACAAUUUAGACAGUUGGAGGAACGCUUUUAUAAGAACCCCAUUGCCGUGUGGGAGGAAAGGAUCGGAAAAGUGGAAAAGGGAAAACGAAAGGGGAGCAUCAACCUAGAUCGAUCGAUGGCGUCGUUUGGGGAAGCUCCGCCGGGCGAUCUCAAGGCCGGGGAGAAGAUCUUUAAGACCAAAUGCGCGCAGUGCCACACCGUGGAAAAGGGCGCCGGCCACAAGCAAGGGCCGAAUUUGAACGGACUUUUCGGGAGACAAUCUGGGACGACUGCAGGUUACUCUUACUCCGCUGCUAACAAGAACAUGGCUGUGAUAUGGGAGGAGAAGACAUUAUACGAUUACUUGCUUAACCCUAAGAAAUAUAUUCCUGGUACUAAGAUGGUUUUUCCUGGUUUGAAGAAGCCGCAAGAGCGUGCGGAUCUAAUUGCUUAUCUCAAACAGGCAACUGCCUAAGGUUUUUGUUUGCCCUACUAGACACUUUUUUUUUCUCAUUAAAUAAGAAUAACAUGCUAUGAUGAUUGUGAUCAGGCAGUUGAGUUACAAAACAUUCUUUACAAAGUUUACUAUUGAAUUUC